AGGACGUUCCGGACUGUCUAAACGUGGUUGGGGUGUAGGAGGAUCAUAAGGCAGGUAGGCUGCUCCUUCAUUACACCCAUUUUUGUCGAAAGCCGUCCUCCUGACUCCAGGUUCCCGCAUACAUACACGCGCGCGCGCGCACAUCGGGGGUGUGUACAGUGAGCAUCAGUGGCGCUGGCUGCUGUUGGACGCACGUACACACCGCCAGGCACUGCGCUCCAUCAGACGGACGCCCAUGAUGAGAGGCUGCUCCAGCAGGUCCAAGCUCUCGCAGAACCAGGACAGAGCGGUAUGUAUGACCAACUGUCCCACACUCAUUGUUACCGUGGGCCUACCUGCCAGAGGGAAGACCUACAUCUCCAAGAAGCUGACCCGCUAUCUCAACUGGAUCGGAGUGCCCACCAGAGAGUUUAAUGUUGGACAGUACAGAAGAGAGUUUGUAAAGAUCUACAAGUCCUUUGAGUUCUUCCGUCCAGACAACGAGGAGGGGUUAAAGAUCAGAAGACAGUGUGCUUCAGCGGCAUUGAACGAUGUGCGGGAGUACCUCACAGAAGACGGAGGCCAGGUUGCGGUGUUCGAUGCAACAAACACUACCCGAGAAAGAAGGGAGACCAUCCUGGAGUUUGCGGAGCAGAAUGGCUUUAAGGUGUUCUUUGUGGAGUCAGUGUGUGAAGACCCAGAUGUCAUACAGGAGAACAUAGUGCAAGUGAAACUGGGUAGCCCGGACUACACCAACUGCAACACAGAAGAAGCAGUGGAAGAUUUCAUGAAGCGGAUUAAGUGCUAUGAAAACUCGUACGAGACACUGGAUGAGGUUCUGGACAGAGAUCUGUCCUACAUUAAAAUCAUGGACGUUGGUCAGCGGUACUUGGUCAAUAGAGUGUUGGACCACAUCCAGAGCCGGAUUGUCUACUACCUCAUGAACAUCCACAUCACACCCCGCUCCAUCUACCUGUGCCGCCACGGGGAGAGCGAGCUAAACGUCAAGGGUCGUAUCGGAGGAGACUCGGGUCUGACGAUUAGAGGGAAAGAGUUUGCUAAGAAGCUGAGCCACUUCAUCCAGGAGCAAAACAUUAGCGACCUCAAGGUCUGGACUAGUCAGAUGAAGAGAACCAUCCAGACAGCCGAAGCUCUCAAUGUGCCCUAUGAACAGUGGAAGGUCCUGAAUGAGAUUGAUGCUGGUGUGUGCGAGGAGUUGAUGUAUGAAGAGAUCCAAAAAAACUACCCUCUGGAGUUUGCACUAAGAGACCAGGACAAAUAUCGCUAUCGCUAUCCAAAAGGAGAGUCCUAUGAGGACCUGGUGCAGCGGUUGGAGCCCGUCAUCAUGGAGCUGGAGCGGCAGGAGAACGUGCUGGUCAUCUGUCAUCAAGCGGUCAUGCGCUGCCUGUUGGCAUACUUUCUGGACAAAACAGCAGAGGAGCUUCCAUAUCUGAAGUGCCCGCUGCACACGGUGCUGAAGCUGACACCGGUGGCCUACGGCUGUAAAGUGGAGUCCAUCGGCCUAAACGUGGACGCAGUGAACACGCACAGAGAGAGGCCAGCGAACGUAGACGUGUCGCGGAUGUCAGAGGAAGCUUUGCUAACAGUGCCAUCUCACCAAACGUGAACGUCCACCGUACGGCCGAAGACGCCCUGCAGACCGUCCCUCCUCAUCUCUGAUACCUCUGCUGGCUGGAACCCGGUGAUGCUGAAAGCUGGACCUUUCCCCUUCCUCCUUUUUCUUCCUUUUUUUUUUUUCACCUUUCCAAAUGUGCACAACCUCCUCACACUGGUGACCAUCUGGUUAAUGUGUCUCCUCCUUCCUCCUCCACCAGCACCAUACACACACACACAUUUCUCUGUUACCCCUUGUUUAAGCAUAAUUUUUUGAGGAACUUGCGAGUGUCCGGGCCUCGGUGUUCAGCGGGGCCCUCGGCAUCGCUGGUCCAAAUUAUUUAUGAAUCAAAGUAUUGUCUUGCACAGCGGGGAGUUAAACACUUGGCUCACGCAGCAGAUUCCUGUCUGCCUGUUACUGUACUCAGUGUGGUUUCAUUGUGUUGAUUUUGCGCAGCAGUAGCACUAACACUGAAAGUUACUGUGAUGUGUCUUGAAGUAUUAAUCCUGUGAUUUUUUUUUUUUUUUGAUUUUUUUUUCCGCUCCAUGUUUUUGAUAUGCAACUGUAACGUGCAAUCAUCAUCGGAUGUGAAGCUGUCUUCAGUGACAAUGUGCAAUUUGUAGGCCGCAAACCUACUCGGACAACAGCUUACUAUUUUUAAAGUGGUGAUUCAGUGUUAGAUUAAAGGACUGGGUCAAUAAUUUUUAAUGGUAAACAAGUAGCCAUUUCAUUUUGUAGGGCUGGCUGGUGUAAUAGCUUUCCUUAGCUAUGUGGUGUACAGUAUCUGCUUGUACAGUGUCAGCUGAAACUGAUGUUUUAUGUAAAUGAUGAUUCCACGCACGGGCCUUCAGUGAAAAUACACUCACAUGCUUUCGUCACUCGUUUCUUUGAAGAACACAUCAGAGCAUUAAACAUGCAAAACAGGAAAAAAAAACACAAUAUUAGCUUGAAGUUGGUGUUUUGGGUCAAGAUUUUAAAAAAAUGUACAUCCCAACUACACAAUAAUAAAGAUGUUAUUUUUUUAAGCCAACCA